ACUGUAUACAAUUUUAUGAGACAUGGCCAAAAGGUUUUCGUUGACCGAAGAAAAGCUGGACGAUCUUUUUGUGGAGGAGGUGGCAAGUGUGGUGAAACUGGUUGGUCGACUGCCGGCCAAAGAUCAGAUUGCGCCCACCUGCACAAGGUGGCUCAAUAUAUUCCAGCAGGCGACGCCGAAGGAAAGGUUUUCCCGAAACUAUAUGCUUCUGCUCCUCCACAAGCAACUAAAUGAACGAUGCUCUUUGGGUUCUCCAUUUACGAGUGCAGAUAGUUUCCAGAUGGAUUUGCGCACUCUCCACCAGAAGACCUUGAAGAUGGACCAAAUCGAUGUAGAUGAUGCAGAGUGCAUAUCUAAUGAGACCUUGGAGGAGGAGGAAUUGUCCUCUUUCAGUUCGUGUGAGAAUCUAGAGGAGGCCAAUCUCAGAUUGGUUGAAGAAAAUACAGUGCUUUCCAAGGAGUUGCAAGAGCUUCAAAGUACGAUUGAAAAAUUGCAGAUAAAGCGGGAUAAGGGCGAGAAAGCCAUCCAAAUGCUAAGUGAGCAGAUUUACAUGCUCGACAAGGAGAAUCGCUACCUGAAGCGUAUUUUCGCCUGCUCAUCGACGUACGCUUUAAAGCAACUUUGCACUGGACAAGAUCCUGCGCUGUUCUUCGAUACCCUGUACAGUGUUCUCUGCGAGGAAGAAUCCGACUAUCAGCAGGUGAAACAUUUUAAUGAGCAUUUCAAGGCCUUGCUGCAGGCGCACAUGGAUCACCACCAGCGGCAGCAGAAUGCUCCUUUGCUGCAGCAGGCUAGCCAAAGGUACGACAAGUUGCGUUCCAAGGUGAGCAAGAGAUACAAAAGUGUGAUGGCCAUGAAACUGGAUGCUCAGGGUCAGGAGCUGACCCUCAAUGCCAUGCGCUAUUUGAGCGUUCUGCGCAGACUGUUCCUCGCCACCUUUGAGGGCAAAUCAAACACCAAGAAGGCAGUCGUCAUGUUUCUGCAGCAGAGCUACGACCAAAUGAACGGCAUGUUGUAG